AUGUCUUCUCGUUAUACAAUGACUACAAAGCCCCACGACGUGCUCGUGGGCGAAUACUUUUACCCAGUUGCGGUCUCGCAACCUGGUGUAAAGGCCUAUGUUGCCACCAACAAGCGUGCAUCGAAGAACACGACUCCAGGACAACUCGUAAGUAUCCUUGAACGCAAAGUACGAGACCAAAAGCUGAGCGACGCGUCUGCACAGAUCAUGGACAAGGAUACCUGUGUCGUCUAUCUGGUUGAUGCCAAUGGAAUGCUCUACAUGCAACCUGCAGAAUGUUUCCCGCACGAUAUUCUCAACGCCCCGCUGUGGAAGACGAUCCCGCUCCCAAAGGACGACUUUCGACUUUCGUGUGGACUGCCUACACCGCCAACGACGCCGCCCAAGCCAUCGUCUGGCCUCUCCUCGUCGUCGCUCGCGUACACGGGUCAAGAAAGCGCGCAGUGGCAACAACAGCGCGUCCGACGCGACUCUGCGCACGUCUACCCUUAUCCGUCCUCCUCGUCCUCUGUCCAGCAGCCCCAGCCGCAAUACAGAUACGCAGUCUCGCAGUCUUAUCCACCUUCCUCGGGCAUGUACUACGUCCCCCAGCCACAGCAGGCUCCUGUCAUCCCGACCCAGAAGAAGAAGCACGUCCGGUUUGAGUAA